GGCGUCGUCAGCGUGACGUCUUUUGCCUGUGCCGGGACUCUCCACACGGGCCGUUGAGGCCCCGAGUCUGGGGCGGGGCGAGCUUCCCGCGCGGCUCUUCGGAACCGAGCCCGGAAGGACGGUACCGUACGCGCCUUUGUUACUCUCCAUGAGCCCCGUCGUGGGACCGGCGGCCUUGCGCGGAGGUGUCGGCUGGAGCUGCGCCCUUCCCACACGCGCGCUGCCCUCGGACGCCCGGCCGCGGUACCCUAAGCUGUGCGCGUUUGUACCCGGGGGAGACGGGCUGGGAGCGCGACAUUCGGCCCGCGGGCACCGUGCCUAGUGGAGCUUUGGGGUUCCGGCUGAGCCCGCAGGGCCUGCCCGCUUUGCCCGCUUCUCACCACCCGGUUCUGCUCACGGGAUCCCAUGGAGGCUGCGGCGCGGACAGACGGGGCUCAGGUGAGCGGAGGGGCGGCUUGUUCUAGGACCUCCCUCACUUGGCCUUCAUCGCUCCCUCUGAGUGCAAAGGCGGCGGAGGGCACUCACUCCCCGCGGGGCUGUGUGACCUUUGAGGAUGUGUUCGUGUACUUCUCGCAGGAGGAGUGGGAGCUCCUUGAGGAGGCUCAGAGACUCCUGUACCGUGAUGUGAUGCUGGAGAACUUUGCACUUGUGGCCUCAUUGGAUUGUUGGCGUGAAGCAGACAACGAGGAGACGCCUGAGCAGAACGUUUUUGUCGGCGUGUCGCAGCUCAGGACUCCCGAGUCAGGUCCGUUCAUCCAGAAAGCCCACCCGUGUGAGGUGUGUGAUCCACUCUUAAGAGACAUUUUGAACUUGGUGGAACGCCAGGGAUCACCCCCCUUGCAGAAGCCAUACACACGUGGCCCGUGUGGGAGAGGAUUCUUACUCAGUGCAGACUUUUACCGGCACCAGAAGCGAUGCAGUGGAGAGGAUCUCUUCGGAGGGGACGCUGAUGGGGCCUCAUACAUGAAGAGCUAUGCAGUCCACGUGCCAGGGAAACCCUGUACUUGCAGGGAGGAGGGGAUGGACUUUCUGGGCAGCUCUGGCCUCUUCCAGUGCCCUACCACCAGCAAUGGGAUGAUUCCGUACAAAAGAACUGAGUGCAUGGAAUCUUUCCCAGCCGGCUCCAGUGUCGGCCGGCAGCAGACAGACCAUGAUGGACUGGUGCUCUUCAGUUGCACCGACAGCGAGAAAGCCUUCCUGAACACCUUUACUCUCCUCGGCAGCCAGGUAAGUCAGACUGAAGUAAGACCCUUUCGAUGCCCGCCAUGUGGAAAUAUGUCCAAGGAGAAAUCAGCUCUUAUCAAUUACAGAAAAAUUCACAGCGGAGAAGCAUCGCAUGUGUGUAAAGAGUGUGGAAAGGCCUUCAUUCACCUGUCUCACCUAAAAAUGCACCAGAAAUUUCACACUGGAAAAAGACAUUACACAUGCAGUGAAUGCGGGAAGGCCUUCAGCCGCAAAGACACACUUGUUCAGCACCAGAGAGUCCACACUGGAGAAAGGUCUUACGACUGCAAUGAGUGUGGAAAAGCCUAUAGCAGAAGCUCCCACCUUGUUCAGCACCAGAGAAUUCACACCGGAGAAAGACCUUACAAGUGCAGUGAGUGUGGAAAAGCCUUCAGCCGGAAAGACACACUUGUGCAACACCAGAGGUUUCACACUGGAGAGAGGCCUUACGAGUGCAGUGAGUGUGGGAAGUUCUUUAGCCAAAGCUCCCACCUUAUCGAGCACUGGAGAAUUCACACUGGGGCAAGGCCUUAUGAAUGCAUUGAAUGUGGAAAGUUUUUUAGCCAUAACUCAAGCCUCAUCAAACAUCGGAGAGUCCACACGGGAGCAAGGUCUUAUGUGUGCAGCAAAUGUGGGAAAGCUUUCAGCUGCAAAGACACACUUGUUCAGCACCAGAUAAUUCACACUGGAGCCAGGCCUUAUGAGUGCAGCGAGUGUGGGAAAGCCUUUAGCCGUAAAGACACACUUGUGCAGCACCAGAAAAUCCACACUGGAGAAAGGCCUUAUGAGUGCGGUGAAUGUGGGAAAUUUUUUAGCCAUAGCUCCAACCUUAUUGUACACCAGAGAAUCCACACUGGAGCGAAGCCUUAUGAGUGCACGGAAUGUGGAAAAUGCUUCAGCCACAAUUCCAGCCUCAUUCUACACCAGAGAGUUCACACCGGCGCAAGGCCUUACGUGUGCAGCGAAUGUGGAAAAGCCUACAUCAGCAGCUCCCACCUUGUUCAGCACAAGAAAGUUCACACUGGAGCCAGACCUUACGAGUGCAGCGAAUGUGGGAAAUUCUUCAGCCGAAACUCUAGCCUCAUUCUCCACCAGAGGGUUCACACUGGAGAAAAGCCUUACGUGUGCAGCGAAUGCGGGAAAGCCUACAGCAGAAGUUCCCAUCUUGUCCGGCACCAGAGGGUUCACACUGGAGAAAAGCCUCACGAAUGCAACAGUUUCGGUGCUCCUUCAGCUACACCUCUUAAACUUGUUUAGCAUGAGAAAGUUCACACUGGAAAAAGGCCUUAUGAAUGCAGAAAAUGUGCUGUCUCCUUGUUCGACCUAAUAGGACUCACACCAGAGAAAAUCUCUGUGAGUACCCUUUGGGAGGGAGCCAUCAGCCAUCAUUCGUACAUGUAUCAUGAGGACGUUCCCGAUAAGAAGCACGUAGGUGGGAAGCUUUCAUGAGGUACACUGCACUUUGUAGACUACCCAGGGCUCUUGACAGAGUUCUGUCACUGCCAGUGCCUGUGGCGGAAGCCAUCUCUUUGCUGCCAGCUGUCAAGGUCCCACAGCAAGUGUCAGUCACUCUGAUAUGCUCAGGGAACGCAGACCCCUGGGCUCUCUCUCCUGUUCCCUGGAGGGAAUCAUGAGUGUCCUGAGCCCUGUGAGGUGCUCACUUCCUCCCACAUGGCUGGAUUCUGAGUGGACGUGAUCCAGCUCUGGCGAAAAGGAUUUGAACUGGAGUCUGCUGGGGAUUUCCAGACAGGAUUUCUCUUCAUGAACAAUGUUGACUGUAAACACAAUAACCAGGACUCCUUUGUCUUGCUUCCACAUCACCUGACUUUAGAACUGCUUGCCUCACGCUGCUCUCAUCUGCAGUGAUACUCAUAUGUGUGUGUGUUGGGGGAGGGGGGGUCUCUUUACUGUGUGCAAUGGAUUGAGAAAAAGUUGGGUUCUUCCAACAUGAAGGGAGGAACACCUUUUGUCGGCACCAACUUUAUGUGCCUCAGAAGGGUCAACAGGAUGGCAGAGAAAAAUCUCAGUCUCGGCCUAAUUUCCAUUGUUGCCCAAGGCUUUGCUAGAAAAGAGUGAAGAGCUUUGGGUGCCUCAUCUUGUGGCCUGGAAGGCAAGUUUCCUGUGAGCCCAGAGUUCAUUUUGAGGAGGGCAUAGUUGGUGUGAUAAUCCCCAGGGCUUCUGGAAACCAUACGAAGUGGGUCUCUUGUUUCUAGGGAAUUUCGCAUAUUCCCCAGGACUUUUCAGGGAUUUCUGUCUCCUGGAUCAGCCAGUCCCUGAUGUCCCUGAUAUCCAGAAUCCCACAGGCAAAGUGUUCUUGCCUGGAAGGCCCACAGGGCAAGGCGGGGAUCAAAACAGGUACAGAAACACUGAGAUAAUGGAGUGGAGGUGAAUGUGGCAAAUGAGAGGAUAUGUAUCUCUUCAGGAGGCAUCUACAGAUGCCCAUAUUUUUGUUGAGGGAUGAGAGUGUAUAGGACUUCUUAGGAUCUUCAGACAUCUGUAUCUCCUGUGGCCAAGGCUACUGUCAGUGUCUAAAGGUUUGUGGAUUCUUGUACCUCCCUGGGCUGUUGAGGUUGUGGCCAUCACUACACAGGCAGGAACCUCAGCACUGACAAAGGAGAGCUCCAAGGAUAGGGCUUCUCUGACUCAGCUGGCACUCCUAGUGCCUGAAGUGGGACAUGGAUUUCACUGCUCUCCAGUUUUUGCUGACAUUGAGGCAGGGCUCAUCCUCCUAAACUGGGGAGAGGGAUGUGGUACAACCAAAAUAGUUGGGAGAUGUGACUUUCCGAGAGGGACAGUAAAUAUGAACUUUAUGGGGAACACUUAAUUCUCAAAAACUUUGUUGAGGUAUGAUUGACAUGAAAUAAACUGCACAUAUUAAAGUAUGAAAUGUUUCAGCAUGUGUAUAUACCUAUGAAACCAUCACCACAGUCAAGAUAAUGAACAUACUCAACACAACCCCAACAUCCCUUGUAUCCCUUUAUAAUCCUUUUAUCGCAGUCUUUUUAAUACCCUUUUCCACAAUUCAUAGGGAACAGCAAGCAUUUUCUAGAAUUUUAUCCUGUCCUAUGGUAUAUACUUCCUGGGAGUGGGGACUCUAGCCCUUGUCACUAUCCAUAACUAUUUUGGGAUUAAUCCAUCUCAUUGUGUGUGUCAAUAGUUCGUUCAUUUGUAUUCAGUAUUAUUCCACUGUAUGCAUAUACCACAGUUGGUUUUUAUCCAUUCAGCUAGUAAUGGGUGUUUGGGUUGUUUCCAGUUUGGGGCCGUUACAAAUAAAGCUGCUCUAAGAUGUGUACAAGUUAUCGGUUAAUAACAUUUCAUUAGAUAGAUAUAGCACAGUUUACUCACCUACUGAAGGACUUCCUGGUUGCUUCCAAGUUUGACAAUUAUGAGAAGCCUGCAAUAUGUAUUUGUGUGUAGAUUUUGUGUGGAUGUAAGUUUCCAGUUCUUGGGUUCAAGCCAAGGAGUGUGAUUUCCUGGAUCAUACAAUAAGAGUAUGUUUAGAUUUGUAAGAAACAGUCUUCCAAAGUGGCUGCCCCAUUUUGCACCCCCACCAGCAGUGAAUGAGAGUUUCUGUUGCUCCUCGUCCUCAUUAGCAUCUGGUGGUGUCAAUGUUUUGGAAUUCAUCCAUUCUAGCAGGUGUGUAAUGGUGUGGCGUUGUUGCUUUCAUGUGGAAUUCCUUAAUGACGUGUAAGUAUCAUUUUCAUAUUCCUUUAACACUGUUUUUUGCCGAGCAGAAUUUUAAUUUUAAUCAAGUCCAAAUCACCCAGUUUUUCUUUCAAGGAUUGUCUUUUUAGUGUUGUAUAAAAAGGCAUUGCCAAAUCCAAGAUUCAGUGUCCAGUGUUAUCAUCCUAUAGGUGUUCUGUGGUUUUGUGUUUUGCAUUUAGGUCUGUUAUCCAUUUUGAGAAAAUAUUUGUGCAAGUAUAAAUUCUAUAUCUCGAUCAUUUUCUUAAACAUCAGGAUGUCUAGGGGCUCCUGGGUGGCUCGGUCGGUUAAGCAUCCCACUUUGGCUCAGGUCAUGAUUUCA